AAGUUGUACUUCUAAAAAGAAACGAGACAUCUACUGUAAUAAGAAAUAAUGAUAAGUCCAUAAUAUGGAGUUUCCCAUUUACCUUUAGCUUGUCAAGUUAUUCUCGUUUUAAUGGUUUCAUCAGGAGACAAAUCCCAUCGGCAUGUUUUUCUUACCAAAUCUAUGAUUCAUAUCAUCAUCUCUGCCGAAACAUGACAUGCUUUCCUGGAAAAUACGAACAUAACGGAUCCUGUGUUUCGUUAUUUAGAUAUACGAGUUCCCUGAGGUACACAUUAUCGUUGAAGAUCAAUUUUGCAUUGCUCUCGGAGAAUAAUUACACUCACAAUGUACUUUUAUGGAAUCUACGGGAUCACAUAACCAGCACAAUGGAAAAGAUACUUAGCCAUGGCGUGUUCAUCGAAGAUUUAAUCAUUAUGAGUUCUUAUAGCUGUAAUGCUUUGAAUGUGAGAAACGGUGAUCUACUCCUGUAUCUUAAAGUAUUCGAAAACUCAUUUUCCCUACAAAGAGAUGAUGUGGAAACAGAGCUUAUUCGUUUCACCAACACUUCUACAAAUUGGACGCUUGGUGAUAAUUUUGAGGUUUUUGUUCAAAUAUCAAGGAGUGAUGAAGCAUUGACAUUACCGUAUUUAGCAUUGAAGCUUAGCAGGACGUUGAACUGCUUUAUUCAGGCGAUCCGUCGUUCUAGCUCCUAUACAAUAUUUAGAAACAUCUUGGUAAGUCCGAUAUUAAAGUGCCAACAACUUCAAUUAGAAGGCAAUGAAUUUGGAGUUGAUUGGACGCAUAUUCGAAAGAAAUACUCACACUCUAAAUUUUCUAUGUCAGUUCAAAAAUUUGAAUCGUAUUUUGAUGGAGGAUUGCGAGUUUGUGCUGAUGACAUACAGAAGUACAUACAGAUGCUAGAAGAAGUUUUAAUUCAUGAAAAUCGGACUUUGUCAUUUUUAACUUUGACACUUAUUUGUGUUUCACUUUUCUUUUUGUUGAUUACAUUCAUUACCUAUUGCGCUUUUCAAAGUCUGCGUACACUUCCUGGUUGGAACAAUAUUAUUUUAGUUAUAUUUUUGUUUUUUGCACAACUAUGUUUAGUAGUAAGGCCAUUUUUUCGCUCAAUAGCAAUGAUUGUUGCGUCCGCUUUGACCCACUUUUUCUGGUUGUCUACAUUUUUUUGGCUUCAGGUUUGUUCCUUUCAUAUGUUUCGCGUUUUUAUUGCAAAAACUCGCACCGGAUAUACUGAAAGAUAUACAACAAUGAGUAUUUUGAAAUACCUCUUGUACGCCAUCGGGAUUUCGGUUUUCAUAGUCUCUACCAAUAUCACUGUUACAAUGAUAAUAACCAAUGGAGAAUACACAGGCUAUGACAAAAUGAUGACUUUAAUGACGAGUAGAACGGCUUUCAUCGUCACACUUAUCGGGCCUUUGUCCAUCGUCUGCAUUACUAAUAUCACAUUUUACAUUAUGACCGCCUACAAGAUAUACUCCACACCAAAUGUUGAAAGUACAACAAGGUAUCGAAUCCAACUUACCGUGUACGUCAAACUGUUUACUCUAACGGGGAUGACUUGGCUCCUACAAGUUGUAGACACUUUCAUCGGUGUUUCUGUUCUUUCCUAUAUUAUUGCCAUCUUGAACGGUCUGCAGGGUCUGUUUCUCUUUGUAAGCUUUGUGUAUAAUAACCGAGUAUUUAGGUUGUACAGAAAUGCUUUCAACAAGUUUGGAUCAUCUCGAAGAGGUUUCAGCAAAACCCUAAAUAAGUCAAGCUCUAGAUCUUUGUAAUUUUCAUCAGUUAUAAAAAAAAAAAACACACAAACAUAAAAUGUUUUGGUUUAGUGGUAAGUCUUUUAAUAUAGAAGCAAUGUUCUGAAAGCCAUAGUCAAUAAAACUUCAUUAAAAAAUAUAUGAUUCGUUAAUUCAGUAAAAUUGAUAUAUGUAUCAUAUAUUUUGUAUUUGCAUGUUAGUUUACAGCUUUAAUUUUUUUUAAACUGUCCUUAAAAUAUAUUUCAUUGGUAAAUUAAGCGCAAUGAAGAUACCAUAUUAUGUAAGAAGCCAGACCAAAGGAAAUUACCUUUAAAAUUACAGGAUUGACUUCUUUUUACUAUCAUAUUGAACAUUUCUUCAGUGUCUUUUGACAAAAGUGAUUUUCAUUCCCAAAUCCCAGUAGUCGUGGUUUAAUGAAUAACCACCAAGAUAUUUAUAUUCAUAAAUAAAACAAAAUUCUAAAAAACAUAUACAGUGUUGAAGUAUCCUUCAAAAUAGAAACGUGUGUGUCUUUUAUUACAAUGAUCAUAAAUUGGAAAUCGUACAAAUUAUAUAUAAAAUAACACUGAAUAUCAUUUGUUUACGGAGAACUCUACAA